AUGGCCGAAAUAGAACUAGGAGUGACUGCAGACUUGCAUGUUCAUUUAAGAGAUGGUCCAAUGAUGGAAUUAAUUACACCUACUGUGAAGCAAGGUGGUGUUUCUAUUGCAUAUGUAAUGCCCAACUUAGUUCCUCCAGUUACAACCAUCGAGAGAGUUUCCAAGUAUCGUGAAGACUUGGAAAAGCUCUGCCCAGACACAAGAUUCUUGAUGACUUUCUAUUUGUCAAAAGAAUUGACGGAGGAUCUAGUUGCAGGAGCCGCGUCAAAGGGAUAUAUCCACGGUAUCAAAUGCUACCCAGCCGGUGUUACAACCAACUCGAAGUAUGGAGUAGACCCCAAUGAUUUUACUUCUUUUUAUCCGAUUUUCAGAGUGAUGGAGAAAGAGGGGUUGAUCUUGAACAUCCAUGGAGAGAAGCCAGGAAUCAAAAACGAAUCCGCCGACGAAAACGAAGAUAUUCAUGUCUUGAAUGCAGAGCCAAAGUUUUUGCCAGCAUUAAGAAAAUUGCAUGAAGACUUUCCUAAGUUGAAAAUUGUUUUGGAACAUUGUACUACGAGAGAUGCUAUAGAAUUAAUUCGUGAUUUGAACAAGGGUACAGGACCACAAGAUGAAGUAUAUGUGGCAGGUACCAUAACAGCCCAUCAUUUAUCGUUGACAAUUGACAAUUGGGCAGGUAACCCAAUCAACUUUUGUAAGCCGGUUGCAAAGUUCCCUAGAGACAUGAGAGCUUUAGUUGAUGCAGCUACUAGCGGUGAGAGAUGGUUCUUCUUUGGUUCUGAUUCAGCACCACACCCCAUAGAAGCCAAGAGCACUCAUGUUGGUGUCUGUGCUGGUGUUUACACCCAAAGUCACGCCAUCAGUUAUGUUGCAGAAGUUUUUGAUCAACAAGGAAAGCUUGAAAAUAUAAGUAAGUUCGUUGGAUCGAAUGGUAUUAGCUUUUAUGGGUUGAAGAACGUGGCCAAAACAGACGAGAGGGCUUGGUUAGUCCAAAGAGAAAAUACUGUCCCUGAGGUAAUUGCGAACAACCAAGGCUUAAAAGUCGUGCCAUUCAAGGCUGGUGAAAAAUUAAACUGGACUGUGGAGUGGCGUUAG